AUGUUCGUCACCCGUAAACGAAUCAACAACCGCUCAGAGUCGGACGAUACGGAUAACAAGGAACAGGAGCGCUUUUACGGACUCCAAGCAUACAAUCUAGCAACCUUUCAGCUGUUCUGGGUGACGAAGCAACAUUUAACCGGCUCGACGACAAGCCUCAAUGUUGAUCUUGGUGGUCGUGUCAUAAUAGGUCUUGUUGCUGAUUCGGAUUCCGAUGUAGAGUUGAUGUUGAUGCUGUCGCCGGUGCGACCUUGGAAGCCUGGUUACGACACUCGAGUCGAACACCUCUGA